GACGUGGUAGAGGUCGUGCAGUUCAACAGGGUGAGGGGAGACGUGGUCGAGGUCGUGGCAGAAACAGGCAUAGCUCUUCAAGCUCUUCCUCUAUGGAGUCCUAUGUAACAAGUGAUGAUGAUGAUAAUGAUGAUGAUGAUAAUGAUGAAGGAGGUGAUUUUGAUGAUCCUAAUGGUUCCAAAUCAGAUGAUGAGACCUCUCUACCUACUGGUGCUGUUGCAGGAAAUGAAAUUCAUGUGCACGAUGACUGUGUAGAAGACAGUGAAGAUGAUACUUUGAAAGAUAUAUCAGGCCUGACCACAAUUAUUGCAGAAUUAGAAACAGAUGAGGCAGACAGAUUAUCACCUGUUUAUUCAAUGGAGUAUUUAGCCAUUCUAGAACAAACUGAGGAACUAGAAGUUGCAGUUAGUCAGGAGCUGCAGGUUAUACAAGACCUAACCAUUUUAGAGCAGUCUCAGGAAGCACUAGUCACUGAGAGUGAAGAGAUCCAGACCAUAGAGGGCCCAGCCAUUAUAAGUCAACCUGAGGAACCACAAGUUGCACUGAGUGAAAAGCCCCAGUCCAUAGAGGGCCCAGCCAUUAUAGAGCAAUCUAUGGAACUGCAAGUGGCAAUGAGUGAAGAGCCCCAGGUAGUAGUGGGUCCUGCCAUUGUAGAGCAACCAGAGGAUCCACAGUUCACAGUGAGUGAAGAAACACCUGUUAUAGAGGGGCCAGCCAUUGAGGAACCAGAGGAUCCACAGGUUGCUGUGAGUCAGGAACCUCAGUUCUUUGAAGGCCCACAAUCAGAGGAACUGCAAGCCAUGCAGGAGCUUACAACCCAAGUCACUGAGGGUCAAGAAAGGUUCAAGAAUGGCCCUUUGUUCAAUUUUAUUAUCCUGCUAAAAAUGGGUUGUGGACAGAAGGAGAAAUCAGCCACACAGUUUUGUUUGAAGACAUUAAAAAGACCCUUCUUCCCCCAGAUCUUAGAUUGCAUGGUUCAAGGAUCUAUUUCUUGUUUCAUGGUGAGCUUGAAAAUACACUUUGAGACCAACAAAUGUCAAUUUGUUUGA